AUGCGCCUUUUGACUAUCACCUUUUUACUAUUUGCAUUCAUCAGCCUCUCUUUUGCUGCCAGUAUACCUUCUACAGAUGAAAGCAUAGGCUUGGUUGCACGUCAAGAACACGCAUCUGCUACUACCCCAUCAACAACUGCUACCGCAACACAAAGUGGUCAAGGCCAAGAAGCAUCUUCCUCCUCUUCCUCUUCCUCUUCCUCGAAACAAAGUGGUGGUGGUCAUGGCCAUGGUGCCAGCACAUUUGCAACCCCCUACAUCUUGACUACAGGUACCUUCUUUUACAUUGGUAUCGCCGUUUCCUUUGCAUUGUGGUGUACAGGUUUUGCACUUGACUUUAUCAUGGAUCGUCAAGAGCAACUUGCUAUGAAGAUGGCUAUCUCCAAGAAACAUUGCGUUGACUCGCCUACUUUCCCUGCAACCCUAAAGGCCUAA